AUGAUUGGUGUACGGCCGGGCAGGAACGACCUGGGUGGCUAUUUAUAUGGUGUCAGUCCACCAGAUAAUCCUCAAGUUAAAGAAAUUCGUUGUGUUGUUUUACCACCGCAAUGGGGUACACAUGAAACCGUUCAUUUACCCAAUAUAUUACCGGAACAUGAAUCUUUUAAGGAUAUGGAACCACUUGGAUGGAUUCAUACUCAACCGAAUGAAUUACCACAAUUAUCACCGCAAGAUAUCACAACACACGCUAAAAUAAUGAAUGAUCAUGCAUCAUGGAAUGGAGAAAAAACAAUUGUUAUAACGUGUUCAUUUACAUCGGGUUCAGCUUCAUUGAAAGCACAUAAAUUAACACCAACUGGCUAUGAUUGGGGUCGAUCAAAUACUGACCGUGGAAAUAAUCCGAAAGGAUAUGCACCGUCGCACUAUGAAAAAGUUCAAUUGGAUGUUCGUCAUGAUGUAGAUAUGAAAUACGAUUUAAUUUUAUCAGAUCCAAAAGAAUUUUAUCAUGAAAUUCAUCGUCCAUCGCAUUUCAUGAACUUUUCGAAUGAAGAAAAUUAG